AUGCUGGCGUCUCCACCGGCAAUGAAUGGCGAUCAUGGACCUAUGUUGGAUAGGAACAACAUCAUCAAUGUAAGAGAUGGGGAAUCACUCUACCAAAUAUGUAUCAAACUACGCCGCCGCUUGUCGGGCGUGCCGGGCUUUCGCCCGUACCUGGAAGAGAUGGAAAAGCGCGAGGAGGAGGGCUCUGACCCGGUGUCCUCGCUGUGGCAAUGCUUUCGGAGCGGCCUACCGUUACUGACCAUAUACAAUGCUUCCAACCCGGAAGAAGGUGACCUCCGGGUAGACACAAAACGACCGGAAAGAGUGGGGAAGGAAGCGGCCUUCCUCUUCAUCAAGGCCUGCAUGCAGCAGAUGGAGAUCCCUGCCGCCGACACUUUUACUGUAACAGACCUCUACAGCGACAACACCACCGGGUUUGUGAAGGUAACCAAGCUGAUCAAUAGGGUGCUGGACAUCUUGAAGCUGAGUGGGAAGUUACAUCCGUCGACAGAUAGCGAAGGUUCUCGCGAUGGCGCCGACAGUGGCUUGAACGUGGUUGAUCAGGCGCCCAAGACUUUGACGAGGAGGCAGCACAUCCUCAAAGAAUUGGUAGAGACCGAGCGGCAAUAUGUGCACCAUUUGCAGAACCUGCAAUCCUUGAAGAAGGAAAUGGAAGAGGUGGGCGCCUUGACUGGUGACGCUAUUCAUAAUAUUUUUCUCAAUCUCAACAACCUUCUGGAUUUCGCACAGCGGUUCUUGAUCAGAAUAGAGCAACAGAACGAGACUCCUGACGAGCAACAGAACUGGGGUCGACUCUUCGUCCACUACAAAGAUCCUUUCAGGCAGUAUGAGCCGUUCAUUGCAAACCAGAGAAGAUGUGAAACCACAUGCCAGAAGGAGUGGGACAGAAUGGUUGAAAGAGCUACGUCCCCCUUGGCGCAGCAGAUGUUGGCAAAUCCGACCAUCUUGAAUGGUUUCCUCCUGAAGCCAUUCCAGCGGCUGACCAAGUACCCGUUGCUGUUGAAGGACCUACAAAAUCAAACGCCUGACCCCGUCCUCAAGUCCGACCUCUCAGACGCUAUAGCAAUCAUUCAGGAUGUAUUGAUGCAGGCAGACGCUUCAAUCGACAAAGAGACUAGAGACGAUGCUCUUCAAGAUUUAACGGAGCGCAUCGACGACUGGAAGCAAAUGAACGUCGCCACCUUCGGCGAGCUCCUUCUUCUCGGCACAUUUAAUGUCAUGAAAGAUAGCGGCAUCCGAUCAGAUGAGAAGGAAUACCAUAUCUACCUUUUCAGCCGCAUUCUCAUCAUGUGCAAAGAUGUCAAUGCUAACAAACCCAAGAACAGGUUGGCAAACAGCAAACCCUCGUUAAGUCGGAAUGGAAAACCCAAGAUGAAUCUGAAGGGACGUAUUUACUUCACGAACGUUACCAGUGUGACGUCGCAGUCCACCCCUGGAAACUACGCGCUACAGAUCUCGUGGAAGGGCGAGGCCGCCGCCACGGAAACGUUUAUCAUCAAGUUUAAGAACGAUGAAACGCUCCAGAAGUGGCAUACCAUGAUCGAGACACAACGUUCGUCGUGCAUGUUGGAAUCAAGAAACACAGGCACCACUUCUGAUACUCAGCUUCUAUCGCUACAGGGGAUGAGCAUGGAGAAUCCAUACCUGAACCAAGAGGAUGACGAUGAUUACAGCAGACUCUCCGGAACCACGUAUGGAGGCACCGAUGCAACAGGAUAUUCCGAGUUCACCAUGAGCAGAAAUGCCUCGAGCACGAGUUUGCGGUCCCGCUCCGCCACAGGAGGCAGUGGGGGAAGUAAUCCUCACCUGUCGGCCGGCCGUAUGCGUAUGCCAACAGGAGAAAUGGUGGGGCUGUCGUUGAACACGCGUGGUCUGCCAGUGCAGUCUCCCCAGGAUUCUUACGGGACCUCAUAUUUCUCUCCCAUUGAACGAGAUUCGACACCACAGUCGACAGUAUCGGCCCGCUCAAGUUCGCAGUCCGCCUUUGCCGGCUAUCACCGAGGGGCGACCCCGGUCAGUGGUGGCGGUGGGCGACCCGAAGAAUCAUAUCGGAAUACUGCUCCAGCUAUGCCUCGAAACCCCAACGGUCAGCCAAGUGGCAAUCCUUAUUUGGUGAAUGGCCGACGAGGCCCUCCCCCAGGCCCUGGCCAGCCGCGCAUGCGGUCUGCAAGCAGCCCUGACGUGCAUCCCCUGGUGCAGCAGAGCCGCAAGUAUGUGUCUGGCGAGCACGCUCCGAGCGUUCCCCCGAUUCCAGCACAUGUUGCCAAGCAGAUGGCACCUCCUGCUAGGAGCCAGAACAAUUCUCCGAGCAACGGCCCACCGUCCCGGCAAGGCACCCCCCAACAGUAUGGCCUGCCCCAAGGACCACGCCCGGGAAUGCCGAAUCAAAAUUUCAGCUACGACAGCAGCUACGCGGCCGACCCCAGACGACCGUCUCAUGCACCGUCAUUAUCACAAGGACGAACGUUUUCUCCUCCAGUGUCAUCACCUUCUAGCGACGGAGACGGGUAUAUACCAAGUCAGCUGAAAGCCAAAGUAUGCUUUGACGAGAACUACGUGUCUAUGAUUAUUGCCACCAACAUCCAAUUCCGGUCGUUGGCUGAUCGGAUUGAUGCUAAACUGGCCAGAUUUACCAAUCAUUCGAUUGCGUCAGGGUCGGUACGACUACACUAUCGCGAUGAGGACGAUGACCUUAUCUUGAUUGACAGCGACGAAGCUGUACAUGAAGCGUUAUUAGAUUGGCGUGAGACACAUGCCUCAAAUGCAGCAAAUGGACAGAAUGCAGAGUUGUUGCUGUAUGCGCAUGCCGUCAAUCGCGAGGCCGGUGCAGGUUGA